AGAAGCAGAUAGACCAUCAUCCUCCCAGCUUCUCCUUCACUCUUGGCCUCCACUAAGGGACUUGACAGCCAUGAAGGUCUUCAUCCUUGCCUGCCUUGUGGCACUUGCCCUCGCAAAGGAGGAAUCACUCAGCAUAUCCUCUGAGAAGCUUCAAAUGGUGGAGGAGAUGCAACAACUGCAAGCAAAGGAUGUGCUCCAGAAUAAAAUUCCUCCCUUCAUCCCGUCCCAGCCUCAGGCCUUUCCUUAUGAUCAGCCAAUCUCUUGCACUCCCAUUGCACAAAGCGCCCAGCCUAUUGCUCAACCCCCUGUGGUGCCUUCUUUUGGGCCUGCUAUUUCUCCUGAAGUGAAAGCCUUCCUUAAUGCUAAAGCCGCCACUGUCCUUCCCAAAACCAAAGCUAUACCCUACGUUAACUCUGAAACUCUGCUCACUCCAGUUAGCCCUCUAGUCUUUAGCGCUGCUGAUUUUGCCAAUCAGCACAUUCCUCAGUCUCAGGCCCAGCUCCUGGCACAAGCCCUGCAGGCUUUCCCUCAGACUCCUGUGGUUUCUGCUCAGGCCCAGCUGUCUGUUCCUCAUUCCAAACUUGUGUACCUUCUCCAGCAAGUAGCACCUUUCCUUCAAAGUGAUAUGUCUGUCCAAGCCCUUCUGCAGUACCUAGACCUUCUGCUUAACUCCACCUUCCUGCCUUCCAAUCAACUACUCCAUCAAGUCACUGUCUAAGAGGAUUUCCAGGUUAAUAUCUUCUCCUCAUUUUUGAAUUGACUGAGAUUGGAAAUGCAUCAACUUUUUCAUCUUUGGAUCAUGCUACAAAAAUGAUAUAUUUCUGAAUGAAUCUACAUAGAAAAAAAGAAAUUUUAUUCUUUUAUUUAUUCUAUGUAUUAUAUGGUAUUCAUUUCAUUUGAAUUUGA